AUGACUGACGAAUUAUCUAGUUCCAAGAAGACGUUGAACGUUGAUUCACCGUCAUUUACACCUGCAGGACUCGGCAAGAAGCCCACAUUCUCGUCGCAAGCCGCAAGUGCUCCAGCUUUCACUCCACCAGCCACCCCUGUCGGGCCCGAGAACGAUGGCAGUGUGUUCAAUCCUGCGGCUAUCCGCGAAUUCACCCCAACAUUCGACAUUUCUUCUUCGACAAACGGUUCCGCUCAAGAUAGCGGACUAUCCUAUGACCCUUUUACAAUGCCGCCAGUAAAUCCAGGCCUUUCUACACCUCAGUUCAACCCCUAUGCCGAAGAUCACGGCGCCCUCGGCGGCCAUGGACCUAGUUAUUUCCCGCCGCAAAACGCCUUCACGACACCGGUUGAACCCCUUCAACAUCACCUCUACUUCCCUGUUGGCCCGAAGCGAGAUGACUUGAUGCCGUAUCAUCGUGUACCGCACGACUUCUUUCUUCCUGAGAAGGAGCGGCAGGAGAUUGCAAGGAAGCUUGAGGCUGCCGGCCAAGUUCUUCCCAAUUCACAGCUGCCACAACUAGAUAACUAUCACAACUUGGUUCCCCUGGACACGACACACCGCAAAAACGCCAACAUCUUUGGAUAUCCUAGUUGGAUUUACAAGGCCACGGCCACCAAGACCGGUCACAUCUAUUGCUUGAGACGACUCGAAGGUUACCGCCUGACCAACGAGCACGCGAUCAGACAGGUCAAGGAAUGGCGCCGCAUCAGCAACGGCAACGUGGUUUCGAUAUUAGAUGCAUUUACGACCCGUGCAUUUGGCGACAGCUCCCUCAUCUUCGUUCAGAACUACUUUCCGCUUUCAAAGACCCUUGUCGAGGUCCAUCUAUCUCCGAACCCUACUCACGGCAACCGUGUGCCCGCAAAAACACCCAUUCCCGAGAACACCCUCUGGGGCUACAUAUCGCAAAUCGCCAAUGCCCUCCAAGCUAUUCACUCAGCCAACCUAGCAGCUCGAUGCAUCGAUCCUAGCAAGAUUAUCCUGACCGACAAAAACCGGAUCCGGUUGAGCGCAUGCUCCAUUCUGGAUGUUGUACAGUUUGACGCUCGCCGGCCAAUCCAGGAUGUGCAACAAGAGGACUUUAUCCAAUUUGGCCGACUAUUGCUAUGUCUCACAACCAGCACGCUACCGAUUCAUCUUACUAACCUGAAGAUAUCUAUGGAGCAAAUGAGCAGGACAUACUCUGUUGAGAUGAGAGAUACCAUCUUGUGGCUGCUUACACCACAGCAGCCCCCCGCGCAAAAGGGAAUUGACGAAUUCGUACGCGGAAUUGCCGGCCGGAUAACAUCCACGUUCGACAUGAACCUGCAGGCGUUGGAUAAGGUCAACGCAGAUGUGAUGCGGGAGGUAGAGAACGGCAGGGUGGCGAGGCUGAUGAUGAAGCUGGCCACCAUCAAUGAACGAUACGAAUUCAACGGCGACCAGAACUGGUCCGAGAACGGCGAACGAUACAUACUCAAGCUAUUCCGGGACUACGUUUUCCACCAAGUUGACAGCAACGGCAACCCAGUCCUCGACAUGGGCCACAUGCUCCGUUGCCUGAGCAAGUUGGAAGUCGGGACAGAAGAGCGAAUCUGUCUGACCAGCCGAGACGAACAAACAAGCUUCCUUGUCAGCUAUAGGGAGCUGAAGAAGAUGCUAACGACUUCAUUUGGUGAGCUUGCCAAGGCAAGCAAGUCAGGAGGUCGAGGAUUUUAGGAGGAUUUAGAGGGGUUCAGGGGGUUUUGGGGAGAAUUUUAGGCUAAGUCAAGGACGAUUUUUAGAGGGUUCAACAGGUCCCUUGGAAUAUCGUAAGAUGAAGGUUAAGUAAGACGAGGCAAACAACGGCAAGGCCUAGCAACCUGCAAGGAUACGGAUGAAUGGAGAAGGAUCUUCAUCAAACCAUAAUAGGCUUCGGGGAAGAGUGCGAGGACCUGGAUUUUCUAGGGAAAGGAAACUCGGCUCUUACACUGACUGAGACCGCUUCCAUCGAAGACAACGCAUGUUCCUCUACAAAGAGACCGUUGCCGGCAAAUUGGGUAGACAAGGGGCCGGGGUUUGGACAUGAUGUCUCUUUAUACGGCUGAUGACGGCACGACGGGGUCUCGGGACAAGCAAUACACGGACUGUUGGCACCAGGGGAUUGAAUGAUGGACGGAGGGAUUAGGGAGCAGAUAUUUAACACACCUUUGUUCAUAUAAGUUAGCAUGAAUGAUGAUUGAGUUACCUU